CACAGACCACACAACUUCUUGUCAUGAGUAGUUUAACUGCGCAUCGAUUUGGCGCACACUCGUGUCACGUGCCUGCUGACGCUAUGCGAUUGGCCAAACCCGCGCAUGCGCUGCACUCGGUAUUCCGUAGCUUUUUUAGCCAGCACGCCAGAGAGUAGCGCGAAGAAGACAGGCAGUAGGGGGUAUUCAUUCACGGGCUUCUUGAAAUUUCAUCUUUCCGUCCCGUUUCCUGACAAGGUAGCUUUCCACAUUACGGCGUUGUUUGUUUCGCAGUCGUCCGGCGCGGAGCAAAAGCAACCUGCGACGGGUUUUACUUUGUGGAUUUUUCAGAGGUCUUAUCUGUGAGUAGCAGUCGCUUGAAAUCACGCUGAUGGCGGUCACAAUUGAGGAUCUCUAUCGUAGCUACGGGAUCCUUGCUGAUGCCAAGGACAACCUCAGUCAGCACAAAGAUGCCUACCAGGUAAUAGUGGAUGGUGUGAAGGGUGGCCCCAAGGAGAAGCGUCUGGCAGCACAGUUUAUUCCCAAGUUCUUCAGCAGCUUUCCUGAACUUGCAGAUGCAGCUAUUAAUGCCCAACUAGAUCUCUGUGAAGAUGAGGAUGUUUCGAUCCGACGUCAGGCCAUCAAAGAGCUCCCGCGCUUUGCAACUGGUGACAACAUCCCCAGAGUUGCAGAUAUUCUCACUCAGCUUCUUCAGACAGAUGAUACGGCUGAGUUUAACCAAGUGAAUGCAGCACUUAUUUCUAUCUUCAAAAUGGAUGCCAGGGGAACCCUUGGGGGACUCUUCUCUCAGAUCCUGCAGGGAGAGGAUAUAGUGCGAGAAAGGGCCAUCAAGUUUCUAUCAACUAAACUGAAGACCCUGCCAGAGGAUGUCAUGACAAAAGAGGUGGAGGAGUACGUCUUUGCAGAAACAAAGAAGGUGAUGGAGGAUGUGACAGGAGAGGAGUUUGUGCUGUUGAUGCGUGUAGUGUCGGGUCUACGGGUACUGCAGACUGUAAAUGGGAGGCAGCAGCUGGUGGAGCUGGUGGUGGAGCAAGCUUUCCUGGAGCAGGCCCUCAACCCAGCUGACCCUGACACUGUGGACCGCCUGCUGCAGUGCACACGCCAGGCCCUACCACUGUUCUCUAAAAAUGUCCAUUCCACACGUUUUGUAACCUACUUCUGUGAACACGUCCUGCCAAACCUCAGCGCCCUGACAAGUCCUGUGGCUGAGUUGGACAUUCAGUUGGAAGUGCUAAAGCUGUUGGCUGAGAUGAGUCCGUUCUGUGGAGAUAUGGAAAAGCUGGAGGCCAACCUCAACAUGCUGUUUACCAAGCUGCUGGAGUUUAUGCCGCUGCCUCCAGAAGAAGUGGAGAAUGGUGAGAAUUCGGCAAGCGAGGAACCCAAACUACAGUUCAGCUAUGUAGAGUGUCUCCUGUACAGCUUCCACCAGCUGGGCAAGAAGCUGCCAGACUUCCUUCUUGACAAAGUGGACUCUGAGCGCCUUAAAGACUUCAAGAUCAGGUUACAGUAUUUUGCCAGAGGCCUGCAAGUUUACAUCAGACAGCUGCGAGUAGCACUGCAAGGAAAGACGGGAGAUGCUCUAAAGACUGAAGAGAACAAGAUCAAAGUGGUGGCCCUCAAGAUCACAAACAACAUCAACGUCCUCAUCAAGGAUCUCUUCCACAACCCUCCAUCAUACAAGAGCACAGUCACUCUGUCCUGGAAACCUGUACAGAAGGCAGAGGCUGUAGCGCUUAAGCGUCCAUCAACUGAGGAGAUGGGAUCAGGAGGCAGCACAAAAAAACAGAUCUCUCCUCAGUCCCGCAGGGAUGCACGACAGAUCUACAAUCCUCCCAGUGGCAAGUACAGCGCCUCCAUUGGAAACUUUAACUAUGAGCAGCGUGGUGGCUUCAGAGGAGGCCGAGGAAGAGGUUUCGGAGGCAGAGGCAACAGGAGCCGAGGCCGGAUCUACUGAGGCGGACACACAAACGCAGAGUACAUAUUGCUCAUAGAACUGCAUCACAUCAGGAUUUUUUUCCCACACCACCACGGACUAUUUUUCAUCUACUUAACUUUUUUUUUAUUAUUAUUAUUUUUUUUAACCUGUACGGAGGAUUUUUAUUUGCUUUGUUUUGGGAGGGGAGGGGAGGGGAAUUCUGCCUUCAGAACAUCAGAAAACAGACUUUUCUACUUGCCACUUCAGCAUUUACUUCCUGUAUUCUUCUCAUGUGUGGUCAUAAAAAAAAUGUAAAUGUGUUUUUGCCCCUCGAGUUUUAAACAUUAUUCUGUGUAUUUUUGUGGAACAAAAGACUGCCAAGUUGUAACUGAUAAAUAUUUUUGUCAGAUUGUAGUAGAAAAAGAUGAUGAUGAUCCUCUUGUUUUGCAACAUGUUAAUGAAUGCUUUUUGUUUCUGUUUUAUUUAAUCUUGGUUUUCUUUUUUUAUUUGAGUUUAAUUUCAAUUGGCUGAUUGUGCUACUUUGUAUGAAUCAAUGAAGUAGUUUCAUUGGAUUUUUAUGAUAAACUUGUAUGGAAGUAUGAA